AUGAGCCUUCAAGGAAAAAUUGCCAUUGUUACUGGCGCCUCGCGCGGAAUCGGCGCCGGGAUUGCCCUCGAUCUCGCAAAGCAAGGUGCAAAGGUCAAACAAGCAAUCAACGAACUAUGUGACCAAAUCCACUCCCUGGACAACGGCUCCGCAGCAAUCAAAGUCCAAGCCGACCUCCGACAACCAGACGCCCCAGCUCGAAUGCUCACUGCCACGUUCGACGCAUUCCCCAAUGCCAAUAACAAGAUCGACAUCCUAGUCAACAACGCCGGCGUAUCCCUAUGCAAGAACCUCCUUGAAACAACUGACCACGACAUCUCCUCCGUCUUCGACAUCAACGUCUACGGCUUGAUGAGCAUGACCAGAGCGGUAAUCCCGCAUCUCCGCGCCCCAGGCCGAAUUAUCAACCUCAGCUCUGUAGCCGCUCGGCGCGGGUCACCCGGUUUCUCGGUGUACUCCGCCUCCAAGGCAGCGGUGGAGGGAUUCACGAGGUCGUUGGCGUGUGAAUUGGGGCCAGUGGAGUGUACGGUUAAUGCUGUUCAGCCGGGGGCGGUGGAGUCCGAUAUGUUGCGCCGGGAGGUGCCUGAGCAGGUGAUCGCCUAUAUUCAGGAGAAUACGCCGUUAGGCAAUCGGAUUGCUAUCCCGGAAGAUAUAGCGAGGGUUGUGACUUUCCUAGCGGGAGAGGGGGCGCGGUGGGUGACGGGGCAGAGUAUUUGUGUUAGUGGGGGAUUGCAUAUGAAUUAG